GCCUCAGACAGUGACUCGGUCUGUCCUUAUCUCCACUCCUGCGCUAGCUCCCUUCAGGAAUCCUCCUAAUCGUUCGAGUCAUGGCAUCUCUGCGUGAUCUCCUGAUGCUCCUGAUCACGGUGCAGCUCCACCUGUCCAGCACUUCCUCCAUCAGCGUCAGGAAGAGCAGCGGCUCGGGGAAGCGUCAGGGGGUCGCGUCUCAAUCCCCGGAGGAGGGCACUUCAGCGCUGGCGCUAGGGGAAGCCUGCGGAGUGUACACUCUGGCUUGUGGACGCGGCCUUCGCUGCUUUCCUCCGGAGGGAGACCAAAGCCCACUGCAGUCUCUGCUUCAGGGGAAAGGAGUGUGCAGGAGCAUCAAGGUCAGCAUCCAGAGGACCACCACCACAGGCUCUCAUCCUCCAGUCACUGAAAGCUCAGAGAAGGGACCUUGUCGGAGAUUGCUGAUUUCACUGCUCCAGAAGCUGGAACUCACCGUCAUCCAGACUGACCGAGACAUUUACAUCCCCAACUGUGACAAGAACGGAUACUUCAAGAGGAAACAGUGUUUGUCAUCUCGUGGGAUGCAGCGUGGUCAGUGCUGGUGUGUGGACGAGAAAGGGAACAAACUGCCCUCCCGAGGCAGAGAAGGUGCCGUGACCUGCAGUGCCUAAGAUUACUAUUAUUAUUCUUAUUCUUCUUAUGAUUUUUAUUAUUAUUAUUCCGUAAUGGCGAGGUGACACACAGAGCACUGAACCUGUUAUACAUGAUGAUCAGAUCCUGUUCCGCCCCCUGCUGGCCUUGACCGGAACACACCACUCAAUAGACUCGACAACGUUUGCACUUUUGUGUAGUAGAAAUCUCUUGUUUCCAUGACGACUUAUUUCCUACUAGUCUUUUGUACAGCGCUGAAUUUCCACAACAGGUGCUGAGUCAGCACAACGUAAGAAAUGUUCCUGAGUGUGUGUGUGUAUGUGUGUGUGUGUGUGUGUGUGUGUGUGUGUGUGUGUU